UUCCGAGUGUUUAGUGCUUGUUUUUGAGUCAAAUAUAUAAAUAUUUUUACCAUUAAUUCGAUUCACAGAAUCAUGAAUUGGCUUCUGUUUUUCUUAUUGACCCUAAUUUUGGGCUUAACCACGACUAGCUCUGAAUCAAACUAUAACUACUAUCGCCUGCCGACUGCUCUGCGACCCCAGAAAUAUUUCUUGAGCAUCUUAACCGAUCUAGACAACCCAAAGGGGUUUAGCUUUAAUGGGACUGUAAAAAUCUUAAUAGAGGUCCUGGAAAACACGAGGAACAUAACGCUGCACUCAAAGGAUUUAAAAAUUGAUGUAUGCCAGAUAAGUCUCAGGAAAGUCAAUAGUUCAGAGAAGCGGGAUAACUGCGUAAAUUCCACUGCAGUAAAUCCUACCCAUAACUACUAUAUUCUAAACACAUGCCAGGAACUGUUGGCUGGCAAUGUCUACGAACUAACCAUGUCAUUUUCCGCCGAUAUAAAAACGCAACUUGAGGGAUACUACCGUAGUUCUUACGAAGAUCCCGAGACAAAUGAGACAAGAUGGAUCACCAUUACGCAAUUCGAACCAGUUUCAGCUCGUCUGGCUUUUCCCUGCUUCGAUGAACCCAACUACAAGGCUCCUUUUGUGGUCACAUUGGGACACCACAAGAAGUACAAUAGCCUCAGCAAUAUGCCAGUAAAGAAAACAAAGCCACAUGAAUCCCUCACGGAUUACGUUUGGACGGAAUUCCAGGAGUCAGUGCCCAUGUCCACUUACCUGGUGGCCUAUUCCAUCAAUGAUUACUCCCACAAACCUUCAACGCUCCGAAAUGGAACCCUUUUCCGCACUUGGGCUCGUCCGAACGCCCUUGAUCAGUGUGAUUUUGCGGCGGAUAUAGGACCUAAAGUUCUGCAAUAUUACGAAGAGUUGUUUGGAAUCAAGUUUCCGCUGCCGAAGAUGGAUCAGAUUGCCAUCCCCGACUUUAAGACCGGUGCCAUGGAGAACUGGGGUUUAGUGGCUUACGUGGAGACCGCGCUGCUUGUCUCCGCGACUCACACCUCACUGGAAGAUAAAAUGAAUGUCGCAGAAACUGUGGCCCAUGAGUUGGCCCACCAGUGGUUCGGCAACUUGGUCACCAUGAAGUGGUGGACGGAUCUGUGGCUAAACGAGGGAUUCGCCACCUAUGUGUCUUAUUUGGGCUUGGCUCACACCAAUCCAGAGUGGAACUUCUUAGAAAAGAACUCAUUUGGAGACCUGAAGAGCAUUUUUCGAAUAGACGCCAUGGAAAGCAGCCAUCCCAUCUCGAGGCCCAUUCAAUUGGUCUCGGAGAUCACCGAAAGCUUCGAUGAUAUUUCUUAUAGGAAGGGAUCAGCGGUGAUACGGAUGAUGCACUUGUUCCUGGGGGAGAAGACCUUUCGCUCUGGUCUUAAAUCCUACCUGCAGACCUAUAAGUACAAGAACGCCGAGCAGGAUAACCUGUGGGAGUCACUCACCGCAGCAGCGCACGAGAAUGAUGAUCUACCCAAGAACUACGAGAUCAAGACCAUCAUGGAUUCGUGGACACUACAAUCGGGCUAUCCCGUUAUCAACGUGACCCGUGACUAUGCAGCAGGAAAAGCGAAACUUACCCAGGAACGUUAUCUUCUUAACUCCGAGGUACCCAGAUCUAAUCAUAAAACCUGUUGGUGGGUGCCACUGAGCUACACAACCCAGUCGAAGUUGGAUUUCAACAACACGUCGCCCAAGGACUGGUUAGAGUGCAGUAAGGAUGGGCUGAGCCUGCCCAAGACGAUCGGGAACCUACCAGGAGCCGACCAGUGGGUGAUCUUCAACACCAAGCUGACGGCACCCUACAAGGUUAACUACGAUGCCCAGAACUGGAAGCUUCUUAUUCGAACCCUGAACAGCAAGGACUUCGAAAGCAUCCAUUUGGUCAAUAGAGCUCAGCUGAUCGACGAUAUCUUCACCUUCGCCUGGACAGGAGAGCAGGAUUACGAGACUGCUCUGGGAGUGAUCGGGUACCUUCAACGGGAGCGGGAGCUGCUACCUUGGAAAGCAGCCGAUGAACAUCUAUCGAAUUUGGAUAAACUUGUUCGAAGCACUCCAAAGUAUGGAUCUUAUAAGCGCUACGUAAAGAAGUUGAUCGCUCCUCUCUACGAAGAACUGAAUGGAAUCAAUGACACCCUAGGCUCCAUUCAGUCCCAGGAGACAACACACCUGAAAAAGAUAGCAGUGUCCUUGGCGUGCAAGUACCAGGUAUCCGACUGUGUGUCGAGAUCUAAGGACCUAUACCGCGACUGGAGAUCGAAGGCUAAUCCUGACAAGGACAACCCCGUGCCCGUCGAUGUGCGAGACGUUGUUUACUGCACCUCAGUGGAACACGGCAGCGAUGAGGAUUGGGAGUUCCUGUGGACGCGGUACUUGAAUGCGAAUGUGGAAACCGAAAAGGAUACCAUUCUGAAUGCCUUGACCUGCACGCGAGAAGUGUGGCUACUGCAGAGGUUUCUGGAGAUGAUGUUCGAUCCGCAGGACGACAUUCGGAGUAAGAAUGCCGCCUCCGCGUUCGGUUUGGUGGCCUCCGACGAAGUGGGAUGGUGGCUAGCCAAAAAGUAUGUGCUAGACAACCUGGAUCUCAUCCAUAAGAACUUCUCUCCAAUGAGCGCUUAUAUAGCUAAAUUUUUGCCAUCACUCUCCGUCAAUGUCAAUACCAGGCGGGAGUACAAUGAGUUCACAGACUUAUUGGACAGCUUAAAGGACUUGCUGAAGGACAUGAAGCAGGCAGUCGAGCAGACCAAGGAGAGUAUGCUGAUCGAAGUGCAGUGGCAUGAGCGAAAAUACCUUCAGUUUUUCCAAGCCAUUCAGCAGAAACUUAAGGAGGCUUAAUUGAAGAGAAAUUGUAUAUACAAAUGUAUUCGAAAUAAAUCAAAAUAUUAUGGGAUUGUAAAA